AUCCUUACUGGGUCGCCCCCUAUCCCAGUGGGCAUGAGGCACAAGGCAGGGGCCACCCUGGACUAGGUGCCAAUCCAUUGCAAUCCAGGCGAACGUGCUAACCACUAAGCCACCAUGCCUGCUAGUCACUUUAUUAGGAACAGCUGUACUCCUGCUCAUUCAUGCAAUUAUCCAAUCAGCCAAUCAUGUCACAGCAGCAUCAUAUAUAAACCAUAAACCCGUCUGGUCAUUCUCCUCUACCCUGUCUCAUCAACAAAAUGUUUUUGGCCACAAAAUGCCACUUGCUGGAUUUUUUCCCCCACACUGUUCUGUUGUGUGCGAAAAUCCUAGGAGACCAUCAUUUUCCGGAACACUCAAAUUUGGGGGCGCACAGUGGCUUAGUGGUUAGCACGUUCGCCUCACACCUCCAGGGCCGGGGGUUCGAGUCCACCUGGGGCCCUGUGUUUGUGGAGUUUGCAUGUUCUCCCUGUGCUGCGGGGGUUUCCUUUGGGUACUCCACUUUCCUCCCCCAGUCCAAAGACAUGCAUGGUAGGCUGAUUGUCGUGUGUAAAGUGUCUGUAUGAAUGGGUGUGUGAGUGUGUAUGUGAUUGUUCCCUGUGAUGGACUGACACCCUGUCCAGGAUGUACCCCCCCUUGUGCCCCAUGCUCCCUGGGAUAGGCUCCCGGUGACCCUGAAGGAUAGGCGGUAUAGAAGAUGGAUAGAUGUUUGAUUUGAACAUGAACUGAAGCUCUUGAUCUCUAUGAUAUUAUGCCACAGUAUUAGCUGAUUGGAUAACUGCAUGAAUGAAUAUCGACCUAUAAGAAGAGAUAUUUUACCUAUCCAUCACCUCUCCACAAUUUCAUGCUCACAUCAAAACCGAAACUACACCGAGUAUAGUUUUCACUUGACCACUUUACUGGAUUAUUUGUGACCUCCAUAAAAAGAGAAGCGUGACUUCUUCAUCGUUAAGACAAUAAAAAUGGAAAUGCAGUGUAAGCAGUAGCAGCGUCCAGAGUCCAUAGCAGCAGUCAGUUAGCUGUGUGAACUAGACGUGGGGGUAGUGGAUGCACCUGACUCGACUUUCGCUGAUUACUUCUGGAGUGUCAGGAAGUCAGGAUGCCUUCUGGAAGGACAGUCAAGCUCAUCCUGUAUGAGGUGUUAGAGUUUGUAUGUCUGUGUGUGCCUAUGUUCGUGGUUCUGGAGCGAUUUGCGUCGCUUAUGAGCUUUGUAAAUGUCAACGACACUACAGCUUACUGGUUGGUGGUGGCAGCAUCCAUAGCCUAUGUGACCUCUGUGUCCCUGUUUGUCUGGGUGCCACUGAAGUACUUCAUCCUGAAGUCCAGGGGAAUUUUUAAAGAAGUUACUAACUGGAGACCUGUGACUCUCGCCCAUGCACUUCUCUGCACGCUUCCAUGUUUUGCGAUUCUCAUUGCCAGCUCAAAGGUUCAGUUGGACAUGGGAGUUUUAUAUGACCACUUUAGUGAGCUUCCUGUCUCACUGGUUCUCUUUGCCCUUAUCUGCGUGGACAUUGUAGAAAGAAUUCGUCCAUAUAGCCUGAGAGGACAAGCAGAUAGUCUGGACUUUGAGGGUCCUGGGCCUGUUCUGGAGCAGGUGUCCACGGUGUCAUCACACAUGCAGAGUAACAGAGGUGCAAAUGGCUCGGAGCCGAGGUCAGAAGUCACGAGUACAUUACCAUCAGGACAUUGGGCAGACAUGAAUGGCAUUGCACGUUCUUCCACUAUGGCCUACGUGUACUCCUCCCACUCUGACUCAGGCUCUCUUAGCUUCCUCUGGGUUCGAGACCCUCGCGCUGAGCUCUUCCUGGAGACAUUUGUGUUCUGGCUGGAUACAGUGGAGAUGAUCAGAGUGGCUGGGGUUCAGGAGGUCUACAACUCAAACUGGGCCUUUCCUAUCUACAUCCUAAGCUUUUUCUCCAUUCUGCGUGUGGUUGUAACUCCUAACAAUCCAAUGCUAGCAUCUUUAGGAGUCAUAGCACAGGAUCUGCCCUUCCUGGUUUUACGCAUCUGCCUGGUAACUAUCUUUGGUUAUGUGACUCCGAUACUCUACAUCAUGAAAAAUCUGCUCACAUGUCUGACUUUUCUUUACUUUCACUUCCUGACAAAACUGAAGGUGUUCAACAGAGGAAGCUUGUUCUGAGACCUCUGGAGGGGAAGCUACUGGUUACCGCUUUGGGUAAAGAAAUGUAUGGGGUGGAUAUUAACAACUACUAGUAGCAUUGAACACACUCUUUUUUCACUGAUGUUACUUCAGAGAAGACAAACUAAUAAUAGGAGUCCACAUAGCUGCUUCUUCUUCUUUCUUUUUUUUUUGAAAAUAUGCCUCCCCUGGUUUAUUUCUGAAAGUUUGGGGUGGCUAAUUUCUUAUUGAAAAUGUAUAUGGGAAAAGUGUUUUACAGGUGCUAUAAGGCAUUCUAUUGUUAGCAGUAAUGUAAGUGAUUUUCAGUCAGACCAUCCAACACACAUGAAGUUUCAUUCAUCUUACAACCUGUACAACUAACACAGUUCUAAUAGCCUCGUCACGUUUACUUUCUCUGGGACUACUCUGCCUAAGCAGAGAAAGAUAGUUGGAAUAUUAAUAGAAAUAAAGAGAACUGGGAUGUAGCAAGCCAUUAGCUUCCACCCAACAUUCCUUUAUUGAAUUUAAACUUCAUACAUUGCCUGGCAUAAGUAUUCACCCCCAUUGAGCUUCCCCACAUUUUUGUAAUGCUGCAAUCUGGAACUCAAAUCAACUUCAUCUGUUAUUAUAUGUCGUGGAUCUGCACAAAAUACUUUUGGAAUAUUGA